AACGGCCACAAUUGUUGUUCUCAAUUUAGCUUAGUUGUCAACGUUCACAAUACAGACCCAGCCGCAAGCAGGCAGCAUCGAGAUCGUUUUCGGUUCCCGGACUCAACUCACCCAAAUCUCGCACGCAACGCCCGCCCUCACGCACUCACUUGUUCCGCUUCUUAUGACCUCGUCCACUGCAAAACCCAAAGGAAGGAUAAGUUACACGGUCAUGGCUGCGUGAACUCACAACCGUCCGAUCUAGGGUUACUAACUUCCAAUAAUACACUCAUUCGCAUUGACAGUGACACACACUCCAGCAAGAAGAAGAAGAAGAACAAGGACCCACUUGAGAUUGAUAACCUUGCUGACAUUCUCCAAGAUUUCAAAAUGGUUUUGGUGGUCAGAAAUGAUCUAAAGAUGGGUAAAGGGAAAAUUGCCGCUCAAUGCAGCCAUGCGACUUUGGGCCUCUAUAAAAAGCUCCUCCAUCGAGCACCAAAAGCUUUAAACAGGUGGGAGAUGUGUGCACAGCCGAAAGUUGUUGUGAAAAUAGAAAGUGAAGAAGAUAUGCUAGUUUUGCAAGAGAGGGCAAAAUCGCUGAAACUACCAACCCACAUUACAAUCGAUGCUGGCAGGACUCAAAUUGCACCAAAUUCAAGGACAGUGAUGGCUAUUCUUGGACCUGUUGAGGUGGUUGACGAUGUAACAGGUGGACUGAAACUCUUGUAGUGAUUUAGAUGGUGUCUAUCUUAUUUACGAUGAGAUAUGAGUUGAAUCAUGCCAUGGCCACUGCAGCAUCAACCAUAUAGGAAGAGUAUCGGUGCAAUGUUAUAUUCGAAGAUCCAUUCUCUGAAGGGCCUUGACUUAGAAAUCUGCUUGUAUUUCCUAACGAUUAUGAUGAUGAUGAAAAUCUCUGAAAUGGCAUCAUUUAUUGUUAUGGAAACUGUACUGUUAAUGUAAACGAGGUUCCGGGUUUCAGCAUUGGCAAGCAUUCUCUCAUCUCAUGGAGAUGUGACGUGUGUUCUUAUUUACUCUAGUUUCUUUGUUAAGUGUUUUGGGAAAUGAUUUGUAAUGGUUGGCUAACGUUUUACUCUCAACAAACUUGGAAAUUCCUUACUAAUA